AUGCACGAAGAGCAUGUUCCCCUGUUAUUCGAUCCGAGGAUCGGCCUUCGACUAAGUCGACCGAAGCCGGACAUCCUUUACGGUUACACCUGGGAUGCCUUUACAACCAACCAGCAAACACAAUUGAUGAGGAUGACCCAUACCGACUAUACCGCCAAAAACCUAAGACUCAUCUAUCCGUUUUUCGUGGUCGACUUCACAGGCGACACAUCCGGAGACACAACGGGCAGCUUGGGCUACGACAAACCAAGGUCAACCGUUCCGCCCGUGGACACCACCGCCUUCAGCAUGGCCAAGGCCGGGAGUGAAGCCCGCCUCUUCGUCUUGUGGAAGAAAGGAAGUUGGAAACACUACACCCAACAAAUCGAUGGACUCGUGGUUUACCGCCCUGAACAUUAA